CUUGUAGCAAUAAGACACCAUCGCAACUUUGGUCUGGUGUAGAGUUAUUGGUGACCUGUGAAGGCACUGAAGUAAUUUCUUCCUUUUGAGCUUUGUAUUUUGUGUGGACUCUAUUAAGUUGUGGACAACAUUGAGUGAAUGUUAGGAAUCCUCGUGAGAAGCCUUGGAAGACAACUUAUUAUGCUGAAGCAUGAAAAAGGGAAAGUAAUUUUUUAUUCAAUAGCAAAAACUGCGACAACAGAAGCCAAACACCACCCUACCCUUGUUCCAAUUCAUGGUAUUGUUUUUGAUUUGGAUGGCACCCUUACUUUGCCUGUGUUGGACUUUGCCAAACUUCGUAAGGAGCUUCAGUGCCCUAAAGGUGUUGAUAUUUUGGAAUUUUGUAAUUCAAAAAUUGGACAGGAAAAGGAAGCUGCUCUUGAAAUUGUAGUUAAAUUUGAAGAGGAAGGAAGACAAAAUACCAAGCUACAACCAGGAGUGUUUGAACUACUUAAAUUUUUGUCUGCAAGCGGAUUAAAAAGAGCACUCAUCACAAGAAAUUUACAGGCUUCUGUGGAUCAGUUUUUGGCAUUAAUGGGCCAUCCUGAUGACUAUGGAGGUCCACUAACUCAUUCUCUCACUCGUGAGUUCACACCACCCAAACCAGAUCCUGCUCCCCUCCUUCACAUUUGCAGGGACUGGGGAGUUCAUCCUAAGAAUGUUGUCAUGGUGGGUGAUCAUCUUCAUGAUAUUCAGUGUGGUAAAAGUGCAGGAUCAGUGACAAUAUUACUGAACGAUUCAACUAAUGGUGAUUUCAAGAAGGAUGCGGACUUCAAUGUGGACUCUCUGAGUGAGAUUAUCACUUUGAUUACCUCUCACGAGAGAUUUUCUAUCAUCAGAGAAGAUCCUAAUACUGGAACAUAAAAGAAUAGACUCCUUCUUUUUUACCUCUGUUUAAUAGGAAUCUUGUAAUUAGGAAUAAAACCAGAUGUAAAAUCUUGAAAGGGCAAAAUACUGCAACCAGUCGAUGUUAAAAAUAAUGUCCUGCAGUCUCCAGUCUCCUUCGAAGGAGACUACAGCCAUAAUCUCAGCAUCACGACAACUCAGUGUGAGAGGGGGUUACGUGUGGUGCCGUAUCACGUAAUCUUGCCAGCUUCUCUGCUUGUCGUUUUUGGAGAUUAGGCCGUCUUCAUUUUCAUCGAGCACUCGAAAUACGACCAGCUACGGAGCCAGUCUAACUUUUUCCAAAUGUAAAAUUCGAUCUUUUGAAUCUGGGUCUCGAAGGUCGCAUAACCUUUCCGUUCUUCCCUCCCAGGUCCCCUUCAUACACCAGCCAUGCAGGCUUCUUUCCUGCAAAGCACUUAUGGAGACGUGCGUUGAGCAAAACGCGCUCUUUUGACAUCGUGAAAAAGGGGAUAGGGUUUUCCAACCCUAUCUCCUUUUUUCAGGGGACAGUGAGGAAAAAAAGGAGGAUAAUGGACGCUAGGAAGAGUACGUGUUCCCCCCCCCCUCCCCCCUUCCCCUUCCACUGCCACUUCAAAGUGACAGAAAUUGUUCCCAGGAAAGUACAUCAAAACGCGCAAAAAAGAUAUUGGAGCAUGUCUAAAUUUUCAAAUUGGGGGAGGAUGCCCUGAGCCCAUUACAUUUUACAUUACAAGGAGAACAACGUCUUACUUCGAGCUCCCUUCAGACCAUAAGAUUCUCAACCAACGGAAAAAAUGACGAAUACGAUACAUUUAAAUGAAAUAGCAGAUGCAUUAAUGAUAUGUACAGCAGUUCGUAUUUCCAUGAAACUCAAAGCCCAUCAUUAGGUUUCCGAUCUGAUAACUCUUCACCUAAUUCAUCGAGUGUGUUUAUCGUCUUGACCAAGAAAUGUCAUCCCGUCACUCAUAGUGUGCACUACAAACCAUAAACCGCAGGCUGCUAAACAUCACAUCAAAUUUCAACACAGAACCACCAGCCAAUAAGUUGGUGUUCUCAAGUAAGUCGCGCAGCAGGAAUGCAAACUAAAAAUUUUUCACUGGAAGAGGGGUAUGAAUAGGUUAAGUUCUCGAGGCUAACAUUCUCUUGCCAAAUCGGAAGACAAGACUAUAGCGAUUUACCGAUUUGUGGGUUAAAAGUUAAGACGCCAAACAAAACGAAAUAUUUCGCCAUAGUUUUCAAAAAUGUUUGUUAGUUCUCUCCAUGGCUGGUGAACCAACUUAUUUGGAACGAAGUGCCACUGAAGAUUUGGAAAGACCUCCCCCCUCUUUUCUUUUAGUCUUGUUUUUAACCGACCUUUGCGCAUGCCCAAUGACUGCUCCACUGAACAAGUGUUGCAGUCCAACUGAAGUCCUGUUAAAGAAGAGAUUCCAUGUUGCCACGCGUUACCACAUUUUGAUGCCUUCUGUGAUCUACUACUGUACAGACUCGCGGAAACUUGGAAUUUAUUUGUCCUAUAUAAUAAAAAAUGUCGUUUACAGUAACGUCAUCUAUGCAAGAACUGAUCAGAACGCGCCGCAAAAUUCAGCUUAUCAUAUGAUUCAGCUUAUUUCAUAAUUACCUGUAACCAAUACGCGUACUUCACGGAAUCAGUGUAAACUAUCAAUGUAUUUGUGUAAAUAAUGUGGAAGAAGAGAAAGCCUUUUGAAAGCCGGAAAAAGUAGCGUGAGUGAUUGUUCCAACUAAUUAUCAUUUGCAUUAUGCAUGCGCAAUUCACGAUAUUGGUGUUGAAACAAUAACAAAAAUUGGUGAAUGCUCUGAUUGAAAACGAGAAGCGUACAGAACAAAAUUUACGAGUUGUGGAGAAAAUCCUCAGCACCUCUUUCUCCGGUUCACAUCAUUGACCACCAAACGGUAGAAAUAAGGUAUAGUCACGAAAAAUGUUCCUGAUGCGAUGAACUUUUUUAAUAUUAUUAUUCAUGUUGCUCGCGAAGCUGGCUUGUAAACAUAACCGAAUGUCGAUUUAACACUCUUACGUAACCUGCAAAUAUUUUAAGUAAAUUUUGGUAAGAAUCAAUCAAACUGGAACGAAAUAUCACAAGGGGUUGGUAGCUAGAGGCAACAGCCUUGCUCAGGCGACAUUACUUCGGGUGACUAAAAGCAAUAUCCUGUCAUGUGUUACUCCUAAAUCUUAUCCCAUUAGCCACUUUAUUAUGGAUUACCUACGUUUAAAAAUAAAUGUCCCGUACAUUAUUUACGUUGCAGGAAAAAUUAUCCUGCAUGAUACCUUACUCAAGAAUAUUUAAAAUCUACAUUAGAAAUAACAUUGUCUUGCAAAGCAUUCACCUUAGACAGCUGUUCGCUGUGGGAAAUAUUCAUGUUGGAAAUCUGUAUGUUUUGCAAGUUCUUGUAAAUUAUGGAGGGGCGAAAAAAAAGUCUGGUUAACCACACUCGACAUCUAGGAACUUUGGUUAGAUUGGUUUGGUUUAGAUAAACAAAGAAUAAAAAAACCUUUUUAGCCUAA